AUGGGGUUGCAGGAAUCAUGUAGGCUACCGAAACGGAAAAGGACUAGGAUGACGAUCUGUACUUAUCACACACGUACGCUUGCAUCGGAAGCGGCCAUCGAAAAUCUGAUGAUGCAAGCCAGGAAGAUUAACUACGACGUCAUGACUGAGCCCCUCAAAGCCGUAUGUGAAACUGGAGAAGAACUGUUCUUAGGAACAUGCUACAGUAGAGGUGUUGGUGGAGUUAGCGUCCUCGUCAACACGACUAUGGCAAAAAACAUCGACUUUUUCGAACAACUUAAUACCCGAAUCGGACGUCUGGGGAUGAGAAGAUGCGGUUCAAUGCCAGUUUUGACUAUCUUCGUCGCUUACUCUCCAACAUCAAGCUAUGAAGAAGAAGAAGUAGAAGCUUUCUAUGGACCUAAUGGACCUGGGAGAAGUUCUACAGAGAAGACCAUACCUUCGAUAACGCCAAAAUUGGCCCCAGAAAAACGCCUGAAGAACUUCACAUCGGAAUCCAUGGCCUUCAAUGGAAUGAGCAGGGAAAGAAGGUCGCAAUUCCGGAGCCCUCCUCUCUACGCUGGACGUGGGAGUCUCCCGAUGGAGGGUAUUAUAAUGAAAUUCACCACAUCAUCGUCAGUAAAAGGUUUUGUCUGA